AUGGAGGCCGAAGCCGAUGCGCCACCGUUGACUGACGGGGGGCAGUCAGCUCCGAUGGAGGGGACUGGGAGAGUUUUCAAACGGGUUAGAAUGAUGAAGCGAUCUUUCGCGGAAACGAUGACUGACCACCCAAAAUGGGGACCUGAUCUGCCACGAAGGGAGGACGAAACCAACUGGUUUGAUGAUGAAAUUAUUAUCGAGGAUGACAGAUCCGAUGAAGUGCUGGAAGGCGAAGAGGGAAUUCCGGUGAUCAACUUUCCCAAAGCUCUAAGGGAACAGUGGGCGAAACCAUGGAAGAAUGCUCUCAUCGUGAAAUACUUAGGCAAAUACAUCUCUCUCUCGUUGUUUCAACAACGCAUGCUGCGCUUAUGGAACCCCCAAGGUCACGUUGAAUUCAUCGAUCUUGGUUUAGGGUGGUUCAUCGUGCGGUUCCAACAACAACAAGACUGCAUCCAUGCACUCGUGGAUGGACCCUGGAAACUCUUUGACCAAUAUGUGGUGGCGCAAAGAUGGCGACCCAACUUCGAUCCUACAACGGCCAAGGUUGAGAGGAUGGCGGUUUGGGUUCGGUUACCGGGGCUUCCGGUGGAAUUCUUCAUCGAGGAUGCUACCAAAGCCAUCCUCCGGAAUAUUGGCACGCCUUUAAAACUGGACACCACAACUGAGGGGGUGCAGAGAGGGCUUUUUGCAAGAGCAGCUGUCGAGAUCGACCUCAACAAACCGCUGAUGGCGCUGGUAAAGGUGGAAGGCAGAAUGCAGAAAGUCGAGUUUGAAGGGUUGCAUACGAUAUGUUUUGACUGUGGAGAGGUCGGGCAUCGUGCUGUUGACUGCCCAAUAAAUCGACCUACGCAAGUGGACGUCCCGUCGGAGACCUCGCCUGGCGAAGGUGCUUCUGAGGAGACUAUGAAUGUUGAGCAACCCACUCAGGCUAUCCCCGUCAAGAGGCAUGGCGACUGGAUGAUUGUUGGACGCAAAAACAAAGCCAAACCUCAAAACCAGCCUAAGCCGAAAAACAAAAGUCCGCCGGAGAAUAAGAAACAAGCGACGAAGGGGCCUACGCAAAAGAGACAUGAGACGAUCAACCCGGCUCCCAAAGAGGCCGGAAAGGACCGCUCUGAUUUGGAGGCCUUAACAGAGACCCCAAUCCAACUGGAAGAGGAAACAAGGAACAAGGGGAAGACCAAAGUUCGCAAUAGGAGGAAAGGUGUGAAAACCAGCCUCCAAGAAGGUGGCAAGUCCGCCGCACCCCAGGUUCGGGGCAAUAAUGGCAACACCGGGUCUAGCGCCAGCAAGGAACCGGUAUUUGUUUUUGGGAAUGGACCGCUUCUAGGUCCUGGCAAUAACGUUGCCUCCUCCUCAAGAGGAUUGGGGCUUCUGGUUAAUUCGGGUACGCGUAAGGAAGGCGUUAACAAUUCUUCCUUGGGUCCCACGAGUAAUCAAUGA